AGGCAGCAGCAGCGGCUGGGAGCUGUCACUUGGGGCUGGAGGAUCAUCGUGGCCAAGGGCACUUCAGUUAAUAAAGCCAAAGAAAAUGCCAGGAUUCUUUUUGUCCCACAACAACAUGACUGAAUUAAAUGGAAAAGAAGAUUGCAAGCUUGCAGAAGGCAAAGUCCAUAAAAAGAAGCAGAGAGCUUUUGGUGCAGAUCUCAAAAGUUAUUUGAAGUGCAUGGUGCCACAUAUUGAAUCAGGGAUCAAGACUUCCAACUCUAGAAAUGUCAUGCUUUCUGCAGAGGAAGUUAUUCAGUGGUCACAGUCUUUGGAAAAGCUCUUGGCCAGCCAAAGUGGUCAAGGUGUCUUUCGGGAGUUUCUGAAGUCAGAGUUCAGUGAGGAAAAUAUAGAAUUCUGGUUGGCUUGUGAGGAUUACAAGAGAACCAAGUCUGAUCAUUUACAUGGCAAAGCAGAGAGGAUUUACGAGGAAUUUGUCCAGUCAGAUGCCAUUAAGCAGAUCAAUAUUGACUAUCAGAUGAGGGAAGCAACAGCCAAAAAGGCUCAAGACCCAACUCACACAAGUUUUGAUGAAGCCCAGAAAACAGUGUACAUCCUUAUGGAAAGGGAUUCAUAUCCCAGGUUUUUAAAAUCCAAAUCCUACCUGAACCUUUUGAACCAGCUGCAAACCAAUACUUCAAAAUAAAGUGUGUGAGGCGUGAAGAGCCGAGUAGACUCUGUCAAAUAUUCUGUGAAGAGAUCUUCCACAGUGGUUGGAUCUUGCCUAGGAAAAUCUGUCUUGGGAGGAAGAGUAUGAGGGAGAUGCAAACAGCUCCACAGCCAACAGCAUGCAGGAUAAAAGCUGAUGAGGCUGUCAUAAGGGUGGGAGCAGCACAGGGAGAAAAAUCUCCUCGUCCCACAUGCCAUGGAGUCAAGGCAGGAUAUGGAAACCGAUGUUUGACUUGCACUAUGGACACUGAACCAAAGAACUGUUGAUUGUUAGGAAUUGCAAGACUCCCAAGCUGAGCAUUGGGAAAAGAUUAUCAAGUUCACAAGAAAAACUAGGAUGACUGACAGUUUGGGGCAUAACAAGAAAAUGCCAAGACAAGACUGACAACUCUUUUAAAAAUCUAUGAAGUGUUAAUAAAUGUGAGUGUGAGCUCCACAAUGCUCUUGUGUUAUGCAAAUAUACUCUAAAUUUACAUAUCUUAAAAUCUAUAUUGUUUAAAUUAUAUAAGAAUUAUAUAAGCUGUACUUUUAUUAUGUUUGUAUUCAACAGGCAGGUAUGUAGCAUCAUUGCUGUUUAAUUUAUUGCAAAAUAAUAAGUAACUCUUCAUUAAAAUAUGGUUAAAAAUAAAGUUUUAUAAUGGUUUUACAUCUUA